AUGCGGUUCCACUCCAGCGUGCUCCUGUCCGCCUGUCUCGCUAGCCUCAGCAAUGCCUACACAGCGCACGAGACGAAACCAACUGCUACGAUCCACGGAGGUGUCGUAAUCGGCACCACCACCUCCCUCCCCUCCGCAUCCGCAGUUGUGAAUAAGUUUCUGGGUGUACCCUUCGCGGCGCCUCCGACGCGUUUCUCUCCGCCAGAAGACUAUGAGAAGUGGACGCACCCGCGAAACACAUCGUCCAGGAAACCAGCGUGUAUCCAGGAAUUCGCUUUCACCCAACCUGUCUUAAACCUCACCCUAUCUUUGUUCAACACGCCAGCUCCCGAAGAGAGCGAGGAUUGCUUGUACCUGAAUGUCUUCGCGCCGUCCACUCCUGCUCCCAAGGGCGGAAGAGCGGUCAUGUUCUGGAUCUACGGUGGCGGCUUGUAUUUCGGGGAUAGUUCGAUUGCGCCGUACGAUGGAAGCCACUUCGCUGCGUACGAAGAUGUUAUAGUGGUGGCAGCGAAUUAUCGGACGAACGUCUUCGGCUUUCCCUCUGCGCCUUCGCUCCCCUUGAACGAGAACAAUCUAGGUUUUCUGGAUCAAAGAAAAGCGCUUGAAUGGGUGCAGCGCAAUAUCCACGCCUUUGGGGGUGAUACGAGCAAGGUUACCAUCUUCGGCGAGAGCGCGGGGUCUUUCUCUGUCGACGCGCUUCUGACCAGCUUCUCUGCUAACUCCACACCGCCGUUCCGCGCGGCUAUCAUGGAGAGCGGACAGCUGAGUUAUCGCGGGAGCCCAAACGUGGGAAAGCCGUAUCCAGACUCGACACCAUCGUGGAACGCGCUCGUCACGGCGUUAAACUGCACAGCCGAGCAAAGUUCGAAUGAAAGCGAAUUAGACUGCGUGCGUGCCGCGCCCGCUUCUUCCAUCAAAGCUAUCCUCGAGAGCGACUUUCUCUAUUUCUUCCCGAAGCAGGAUAACAAGACGCUCUUCUCCAACAUCGCCGAGCGCCGUAAGUCCGGCUCUAUCGCGAGGAUCCCGAUUUUGAGCGGUACAAACGCGGACGAGGGACGCUUUAUUGUGUACAGCCAGAACAAUCUUACUGCAUACUUGCAGCAGGCUCUCGGAGAGGGUCUGACAGAAGAGAUCGUAGAGGCUGUGGAGAAGCAGUAUCCGGUUGGAAGCGAGGAGUAUCCCACCCAGUACGAUGCGCUGGCGGCCAUCGAUACGGAUAUAUCGUUUCAGUGUGGGGCGGCACUUGUGGCGAAUGAUACAGCGGAGAUUGGGACGCCGAGUUGGAGGUAUCUGUACAACGCUUCGUUCCCCAACACCGAAGGCUUCCCCGACUCGCGCGCCUAUCACUCGUCGGAGAUUUAUUCUGUCUUCAGCACGUAUCCGGCUGCCAAUUCGACGGCUGCACAGCGCGAGCUUUCCAGCUUCAUGCGUGGUACAUGGGCGAGUUUUGCAAAGGAACCUGAGGCGGGACCGGGGUGGAGGGCGAUUGAUGCGAAGAAGAAAGGAGCUGCUAAUGUGGCUGUGUUUACGGCGGAGCAACCACAGAAGGUGAAGAUGAUGACGCAGAGCGAGGUGGACGCGAGGUGUGCGUUUUGGCAGGACAUCUUGGCUGGGGACUACUAG